AAGGCCUCGAUAAAUUUAGAGUUCUUACMAAUUUUAUCUCGCCUACAGUGUUCGAAUAUGUGGAAGAAUGUACCGACUAYGAGUCUGCGAUCGAAACUCUUCAGAAUAUUUAUGUUAAACCGACCAACGAAAUCUACGCGAGACACCUACUGGCUACUAGACGUCAGCAGACGGGUGAAAGCCUGGACGAGUAUCUACAGGCUCUGAAAACUCUCAGCAAGGAAUGUAACUUCCAACCAGUCAACGCUACCAAGUAUUGUGAGGAAUACAUACGGGAUGCCUUCAUUUCGGGAUUGCAUUYUAACCAGAUCCGUCAAAGGUUGCUAGAAAACAAAACCUUGGAUUUGAAAACCAUGUUUGACCAAGCCAGGGCACUYGACUCUGCUAUGCGCAGCUCAGAAAGUUAYUUUGCCCCUCAACCUGUCACUGCUGUAGCAGCAGCACCAGAAAUAGUCCCUCRGAAUCCAACUCAAGUCGACUCCCCUCAGUCAGGUUCCACACUCGCAGCGACUGAUCCAACGUGUUUCUUCUGUGGAAAUUCUAGACACCCUCGUUCUAAGUGUCCGGCUAGAGAUGCAACUUGCAAUAAAUGCCAAAAGAAGGGACACUUUGCUAAAGCCUGUCGAGGAAAAGCCUCUAAACCCAGCGAAGUUUCAGCUGCUCUCUGGUCACCUACUCUUGCCACUGUAGGAACUCCUCCAGCUCUUAAAAGGUCAACUGCUACUGUUGUUGUCAACAAGGACUGGAGAGUGCAAGCACUCUUCGAUAGUGGUAGCAGUGAGAGCUACAUACAUCCAAGCCUAGUUGAAGUAGCAGCUAUCUCUGUUAACCCUGCGAUCAGCCAGGUCUCCAUGGCAACGUCCUCGUUAAGCACAAAGACCCAGGGCUCUUGUUCUGUAACUAUUAAMUACCAAGGACAAACUUAUAAGGACUUUCGUCUGUCAAUUAUGCCAGGACUAUGCUCGGAUCUGAUUUUAGGACUCGAUUUCCAGUCUCAACAUGAUAGUGUCACGUUCAAGUAUGGUGGGACAAAACCACCGCUGUCUGUAUGCAGUCUCACSACACUGAACAUUGARCCACCAUCKCCAUUUGCAAACCUCACGGCUGACUGCCAUCYGAUCRCUACGAGGUCUCGGCGAUACAGCAAGGAUGACCUGACCUUCAUUGGCCAUGAAGUAGAUCGGCUGCUUAAGGAAGGCAUUAUUGAGCCAAGCCAGUCCCCUUGGCGGGCCCAAGUAGUUGUCACAAAAGAUGAGAACCACAAGAAGCGCCUGGCGAUUGAUUACUCGCAAACAAUCAAUCGAUUCACCCAGCUUGAUGCAUUUCCCCUGCCACGGAUCAGCGAUAUAGUCAACGAAAUAGCUCAGUACAAGGUCUUCAGUACCCUUGACCUCCAAAGUGCAUACCAUCAAAUACCCCUAAAAGAAGAUGACAAGCUUUACACUGCCUUUGAAGCUAAAGGAGGACUUUAUCAGUUCACUCGGCUUCCUUUCGGUGUAACCAAUGGCGUAGCGUGCUUCCAAAGAGAGAUGGUAACGUUUGUUGAAGAUAAUCACCUCAAAGCUGUUUUUCCAUAUAUCGACAACAUAACCAUCUGUGGAAGAGACCAAGUUGACCAUGAUGCCAAUUUAAAGGCAUUCCAAGAAGCUGCUCAAAAGGCCAACCUUAAGUUCAACGACAGCAAAAGCGUCUUCUCUACUCAACGAUUGCCAUUACUGGGGUACGUCAUCGAAAAUGGUUGUAUUAGUCCAGACCCCGAAAGGUUAAGGCCACUACUASAGCUUCCUCUGCCACAAAACUCAAAGUCUCUUAAWARAUGUCUGGGACUCUUCUCCUACUAUUCUCAAUGGGUUCCUAACUUCUCUGACAGGAUUAAACCCAUUACAAGCUGCAAAUCAUUUCCCCUAUCCUCUGAGGCAGAACGAGCAUUUGAAGAGAUAAAGAGUAUCAUCGCCAAAGCUGCUGUCUCCGCCAUAGACGAGAGYGUYCCAUUUGWGGURGAGACCGACGCUUCKGAUGUGGCCAUAGCUGCUACCCUCAACCAAAAGGGCAGGCCGGUAGCCUUUUUCUCACGCACACUUCAAGGUAGUGAACUGAAACACUCAGCUGUAGAGAAAGAGGCGCAGGCAAUAGUUGAGUCAGUUAGACACUGGAGACAUUUUCUUACUGGGUCUCACUUCACCCUGAAAACUGAUCAAAAAUCAGUUUCUUACAUGUUUAAUCAGCGUCAUCAAGGGAAGAUUAARAACGACAAAAUCAUGCRCUGGAGGAUGGAACUGAGUUGUUACAGUUUUGACAUAGUAUAUYGACCUGGCAGGGAGAAUGUUGCMCCUGAUACCUUCUCACGAGCAACAUGUGCCUCCAGUGCCAAUGAUUCUCUCUACCAGCUUCAUGAUGCACUCUGCCACCCUGGGAUCACUCGAUUUUGGCACUUUAUUCGUGCCAAAAACUUGCCUUAUUCUCUAGAGGAUGUUAAGAGGGCGGUUAACACCUGCUCAAUCUGCCGUGAAUGUAAACCGGUAUUCCACCGCCCAGAAUCAGCUCAUCUUAUAAAGGCCACUCAACCCUUCGAGCGGAUCAACAUUGACUUUAAAGGACCACUGCCUACCAACAACAAGAACAAAUACUUCCUGAAUGUUGUUGACGAGUAUUCUCGAUUUCCGUUUGUUUUCCYUUGUCCUGACGUGUCCACUCCAACCGUCAUAAAGUGCCUCACCUCAUUGUUUUCACUAUUUGGUAUGCCUGCCUAUGUGCAUUCUGACCGGGGGGCUUCGUUUCUGAGUAAAGAGCUACGGGAAUUCCUCACUAGCAAGGGUGUAGCUACCAGUCGUACUACCAGUUAUAAUCCCACAUGCAAUGGUCAAGUCGAGAAGUACAAUGGUACUGUGUGGAAGUCUAUCACGGUGUCUCUGAAAUCAAAGAAUCUUCCGACAGAACAGUGGCAACUGGUCCUACCAGAUGUGUUGCACUCAAUCCGUUCUCUUCUAUGCACAGCAACUAAUGAGACUCCCCACGAACGUUUCAUGAACUUUUCACGMCSUUCGUCUUCAGGCAGUUCGAUUCCUUCUUGGUUGGCUGAACCUGGCCCGGUUUAUGUAAAGCGUCAUGUACGAUACAGCAAAUUUGAUCCUUUGGUUGAAAAGGCAGAUGUUCUCCAGGCCAAUACCCACUAUGCUCACAUUCGUUAUCCUGAUGGUAGAGAAACCACGGUCUCAACSAAACAUCUUGCUCCUUAUGGUCAUGAUGUGGAACACGURGAACCACACAACUCAACCCAGGAUCCAAUUGCUGAACCCAAGAUUCCUAGUGAACUUCCUCAAGACAGAGGUUGUCCUGAUGCGAAUAAAACUCCAGAACCAGARMCCAUGCUAUUGAGAAGAUCACAGAGGGAACGUCGCCCUGUGGAUAGACUAAAUUUAUAGGAAGGGGUGAAUGUAGUGACAAUCGACACCCAACUGUUGUUCAGAAUUAUUGUUUGAAUAA